UGGUGGACAUUUUGUUUGAGUAAACAUGCGGAAAUAGCAUUGUUUUAUAAAUAGCCUUUAUUUCGUAUAUUGAAAUGGUAUCUUAUCAGAAAGUCAUUCUGCUGGUAGCUGCUGCCCUCCUCAUCUCCAUGGUCCUCGAGUCACGUGCCUCCCCUUUGAGACGAUACCAGCUGGAAGACUCGAUAAGACAGGAGGUUGUGAACCUAGCGUCCCAGAUCAUCAAGCUGGUCACGUACAGGAGUGAGUGGGAAGUACGGAAGCGCAAUGGCGGCACUCUCGACUCUCUCUACAUCCUGCCCGACCUCACGGACAAGGGCCGCAGAUAAUCUCGCUAAGUAACGCCAGUGUGUGGAGUACUGACGGACAUUUCCAUACCACUGUUUCGAAUGCACGCUUUAUUACAACGACCAGUCGGCAAGGACGCGCCUGUUGACAUGUAUGCCAGAUCAUCUGAAACGAUAACGUCACACUUGUUGCAGUUGUUCCAGAUGAAUGUAAUAUACACGUUAUUUUGUGACUAAGGAGUGUCUUCUCUUCUCUGU